UUCACACUUAAUAAAUUCUUUACUAAUUUGAAUAUUUUUAUCGAUUUUCCAUACAAAAAUAGUGGAGUUCGCUGACGAUAACGCAACGCAAGUUAUAAAAAAAUAUAUAAAACUAUUUAAUAUCUAUUAGACACCAAAAAGAAAUCAAGAUGAGAUUCAUCACAUGCAUGGCAACGGUUAUACUGACAAUCCACGCGGCCAACUGCUACAUCCUCCUGACAGCUAACCUGGAAGAUGUCCAGGCGAUCGCGAAGCAGCUGGCCCAGUCGCCGGUAGCCGACCAGCUCACUAAGAUCUGGAGGCGCGCCAGCAAUCAGUUCAAUGCUCACGUGCAGCGAGCUCGACCCCAAACGCAGUACUUCCAGAAGCGAGCUGAUGCUAAAUUGGACGAUGAUAACCAAAACCAGCCACAAAGCCAGGAUCGCCAGAGGGACGAAGUCGCUGACGAGAGCGACGGCGGCAACCGCGUGGUGGAGCGCCGCAGCCAAGCUGAUGAUGACGACCUGGUGGCGCUUGGCAAGAACGCCAGCCUCUACCUCAAAUCGAUCCGCAAGAUCUUCGAGAAGGUCCAGUAA